UCCGCCACCCACCAGCUCCCGCACCAGCAGAAGCGCCGCCGCCGCCGCCACCGCCGCCGCCCACCUUCUGCCGCCACCAUCACAGCCACUUUCUCCUCUGCUUUCCUCUCCUGUCCUCGCCCUCUGUCGACUAUCAGGUAAGCGCGAGGCUCCGAAAUCUGCCUCCUGGUCCGCGCCCCCUGUUACUCCAUGCCACCGCCCCUCGUCCCCCGCCACAGAGAUGGGUUUCAUGAGGUGGGCCUUGAACCAGGAUGGCUGAGCCCCGCCAGGACUUUAACGUGGUAGAAGAUCAUGCUGCAACAUAUGGGAUGGGAGAGAGGAAAGACCUCCCCUCUCAAGGGGGCUACACCCUGCUGCAAGACCGUGGCGGCGACGCGGACCACAGCCUGAAAGAGUCUUCCCUGCAGACCCCCGCCGAUGAUGGAUCUGAGGAACCAGGCUCUGAAACCUCUGAUGCUAAGAGUACUCCGACCGCCGAAGACGUGACAGCACCCUUAGUGGAUGAGGGAGCCCCUGGCGAGCAGGCAGCCGCUCAGCCCCACACGGAGAUCCCAGAAGGAACCACAGCUGAAGAAGCAGGCAUUGGAGACACCCCCAGCCUGGAAGACCAAGCGGCUGGGCAUGUGACUCCAGAGGAGCUGAGAGUCCCGGGCCAGCAGAGGGAGGUGCCUGCGAGGCCCCUGGCCAGUGGGCUUAGCUCUCAGGUCCAGCCUGGACACAGCGAAGCUUCUUGGGUCUCUGUGCUGCCUCCAGGGGAGAAACAGCUGGAAGCUCCCAUCCUAGUGAGCUCUACCCGUUCCCAGCAUCAUCCCGUCUGCCGGCCACCUUCUCCAACAGGAGGUCCUCGGGAGCCCCCUCAGGAGUGGGGACCAAUUCAAGGCGACUGGGCCGAGGAAGAGCUGCUCUUCCCAAAGCCCUCCUACCCUGGCCGUCUCCACACGGAACCUGGGAGCAGCAGGCCUGACCGCGAGAGCCUCCUCAGGGAGCCAGGGCACCGUGGGGCUGAGACUGAGGGUCCCGCCCGCCAGUGUGUGUCUGACAUGCAGGGGGCUCCCACCCUGCCUGAGGGCCCCACGGAGGCCAUGCACCAGCCUUCAGGGACAGCCUCCAACCACACAGAGGGAAGCCGCCAUCGCUCUGAGCUGCUGGAGCGCCUGCUUUUGGGAAACCUGUACCAGGAGGGGCCACCGCUGAAGGGGGACUAGAGCAAAGAGAGGCUGGGGGGUGAGGGCGUCGAUGAAGACCGUGACAUCGACGAGUCCUCGCCCCAGGACUCCUCUCCCUCCCAGGUCUCCCCAAGUCUGCAGAGCUCCCCAGUCCGAGGUGGGCCACCCCCCGAGACAGUUCACAGAGAUGAGGGUGCCAUCCCCCUCCCUCUCGAUUUCCUCUCCAACAUUCCUACAGAGACCCAGGUCUCAGAGCCCGACGGGCCGAGCUCAGGGCCCCCGGCAGAAGGGCCCGACGCGCCCCCUGAGUUCCUGUUCCACGUGGAAAUCAGAGCCAACGUGCAGAGGGAACAGGGACGUUCAGAAGUGGAUUUGGAUGGGGCUGCCCUUCUAGGGGCCCCUGGAGAGGAGCAGGAGCCCCUGGGCUCCUCUGAGGGAGAGGCCACAAAAAACGCUGACCUUCCUGACGCAUCAGAAAAGCAGCCUGCAGCUGGUCUGCCGGGGAAGCCCGUCAGCCGGGUCCCUCAACUCAAAGCUCGCAUGGUCAGUAAAGGCAAAGAUGGGGCUGGAACCGAUGACAAAAAAACCAAGCCAUCCACACCUUCCUCUUCUAAAACCCUGAAAAAUAGGCCUUGCCUUAGUCCCCAGCGCCCCACUCCUGGUAGCUCAGACCCUUUGAUCAAACCCUCCAGCCCUGCUGUGUGCCCAGAGCCAUCUUCCUCUCCUAAACACGUCUCUUCUGUCACACCCCGAACUGGCAGUUCUGGAGCAAAGGAGAUGAAAGCCAAGGGGGUGGACAGUAAAACUGGGACAAAGAUCGCCACACCCCGGGGAGCAGCCCCUCCAGGCCAGAAAGGCACGGCCAACGCCUCUAGGAUUCCAGCGAAAACCACGCCCUCACCGAAGACCCCACCAGGCACUGGUGAACCCGGGAAAUCUGGGGAUCGCAGUGGCUAUAGCAGCCCCGGCUCCCCGGGCACUCCCGGCAGCCGCUCCCGCACCCCGUCCCUGCCAACCCCGCCCACCCGGGAGCCCAAGAAGGUGGCAGUGGUCCGCACUCCACCCAAGUCGCCGUCUUCAGCCAAGAGUCGCCUACAGACGGCCCCUGUGCCCAUGCCAGACCUGAAGAACGUCCGGUCCAAGAUCGGCUCCACUGAAAACCUCAAGCACCAGCCAGGAGGCGGGAAGGUGCAGAUAAUUAAUAAGAAGCUGGAUCUUAGCAACGUCCAGUCCAAGUGUGGCUCAAAGGAUAAUAUCAAACACGUGCCAGGAGGCGGCAGUGUGCAAAUAGUCUACAAACCAGUGGACCUGAGCAAGGUGACCUCCAAGUGUGGCUCAUUAGGCAACAUCCACCAUAAGCCAGGAGGUGGUCAGGUGGAAGUAAAAUCUGAGAAGCUGGACUUCAAGGAUAGAGUCCAGUCGAAGAUCGGGUCCCUGGAUAAUAUCACCCACGUCCCUGGUGGAGGGAAUAAAAAGAUUGAAACCCACAAGCUGACCUUCCGGGAGAAUGCCAAAGCCAAGACAGACCACGGGGCGGAGAUCGUGUACAAGUCGCCUGUGGUGUCUGGGGACACGUCUCCGCGGCACCUCAGCAACGUCUCCUCCACGGGCAGCAUCGACAUGGUCGACUCGCCCCAGCUCGCCACGCUGGCCGACGAAGUGUCCGCCUCCCUGGCCAAGCAGGGUUUGUGAUCAGGCCCCUGGGGCGGUCGGUAAUCGUGGAGAGGAGAGAGAGUGUGGGAUAAAAAAAGAAAAAUGGUCUGGCCCUUCGCCCUCCGCCCUCCCCCAGCUGCUCCUCACAGAUCGGUUAAUCGGUUAAUCACUUAACCUGCUUUUUGUUGCUCGGCCCUGGCUUGGGACUUCAAAAUCAGUGAUGGGAAUAAGAGCAAAUUUCAUCUUUCCAAAUUGAUGGGUGGGCUACUACUAAUAAAAUAUUUUUAAAAACAUUUCAAAA